AUGGCCUCACCCCUUAAGGGAAAGUCUUCUUCGCCCCGAGUGGAGACGACCCGCUAUAAGGAGACUUCGACGGUCCGUGUGGAGACAUCGUCCCACCGCGUGGAGACCUCGUCUCGGCAGGUGCGAACGUCCUCCCGGCAGGUGGAGACCGCCCAGCGCCGCACUGAGGGACCCUCCAUUUCCCCCUCCGGGAAGCGGCUCCCUCGGGUCCUGGAGGUGUCCUCCCAGCAUGCGGAGUCCUCCUCCCAGCACACAGAAACGUCCUCCCGCCACGUUCGGGCCUCGAGUCAGCGGGUGGAGAGGUCCCUGCACCGCGUGGAGAACCCAGCCCGGCGGGACAAGCCGGCAGCCCGCCAGAACGUAAAAAUGGCCCCAUGA